AUGACCAUAGUCAACAAGCCAAAAUCUUCAAAUUCUAAAAAAUCUUCCUCAAGGCGAUCUGACAAAUCUAUGAAACCCCGGACCAAAAAAAUGACGUCGCGCACGGCGAGCUUGGGCCGGGUUCCUCCUGCAGAAGAUUCCAGCAAAGUCUCAGUGGACAAAGGCCCUGGAGGGCAUAUUUAUUGUAGAUCAUCUCAAAAAUCUAAGCGUUUUGCCCAAAGAGAUCUAGUUGUUAAUGACGGAAUUGCUCCGCCACAAAGAAUUCUUUUUCCACCUGAGAAAAUCUGUAUGGAUUGGCAGCAGGCACUAAGUGUUGGAGUUGGGCUGCAGAACCUCGGCAACACAUGCUUCCUGAAUUCUACUCUCCAGUGCUUGACCUACACACCCCCUCUUGCCAAUUACAUGCUCUCUCUCGAGCACACCAAGUCCUGUCAUGUAGAAGGAUUCUGUAUGAUGUGCACAAUGGAAAGUCACAUCAACAAGGUCCUGUGUUGCUCCAAUGAUGCCAUCAAACCUACAUCUGUUAUCAAUGGCCUUAAAAGAAUAGGAAAGCAUUUCCAUUUUGGCAGUCAAGAGGAUGCACAUGAAUUCUUAUGCUUCACUGUUGAUGCUUUACAGAAAGCUUGCUUGAAUGGAAGUAAUAAAUUGGACAGAUCUUCUCAAGCCACUACACUUAUUUAUCAAAUAUUUGGAGGAUAUCUCAGAUCCCGAGUAAAGUGCUUGAAUUGCAAAGCAGUGUCAGAUACAUAUGAGCCAUUUCUCGACAUUACUGUGGAUAUAAAGGCAGUUACAUCUGUCACCAGAGCUCUAGAACAAUAUGUGAAACCAGAACAACUGGAUGGUGAAAAUAGCUACAAGUGUAGCAAGUGUAAGAAGAUGGUUCCAGCAUCUAAGAGAUACACAAUACAUCGCUCCUCCAACGUGCUCACAAUCUCCCUGAAAAGAUUUGCAAACUUUACAGGUGGAAAGAUCAACAAGGAUGUAAAAUAUCCUGAAUAUUUGGAUCUCCGACCAUAUAUGUCCCAGUCCAUUGGGGAGCCACUCAUCUAUGCUUUAUAUGCAGUUCUUGUUCAUAGUGGUUUCAACUGCAAUGCUGGACACUAUCUCUGCUUCAUAAAGGCUGGUAAUGGUCUUUGGUAUCGAAUGAAUGAUGACUCAGUAGAACUUUCUGAUAUCAAAACAGUUCUCCAUCAGCAAGCUUAUGUACUAUUUUAUAUCAGGCGCUAUGAUCUGUCACUCGGAGAACGUGCGUUUUACUUACCGACGCCGUCGUAUCCGCGCUCCUUCCUCGGGCAGAGGGGAGCCAACAGCAAGCAGGCUGGAUUUAUUGGACCACGACUUCCUCCUCAUAUGAUUAAGAGUUCAAGUCGUUUGAAUGGAAAUGGACCCUUAAAAGAGGAUCCCAGUAGUGUUGGUGUUGGUGUAAAAAGGCCUUCAGAGCCACCAGUAGCUUGUGUUCAGAACUGGGCGAUUGCCAGGCCUUCAAUUACAGACCCGUCAAAAACCCAGAAGAUCACUAUCAGUAUUCACAACAAAUUGCCUACACGUCAGACUGUGUCACAGCCUGAGUGUCCUAGCAGUGCUGUGGAGGAUGAGGAUCUAAGCAAGCCUAUUCCUUCAUCCACAAUCACAAAUUCUUCCACAGCAGAGCCUACCUCACACGUGUCUGCAAUGUCGGUCGCUGCUAGUGUCUCUAAACAGGAGGUUCCUGAUGACAUUUUUGUGGAGCCUGCGGUGAAUGGAAACCCUAAACUUGGUUCUGAUAACAUAGUCCCUUACUGUGCAGAAUCUUCAGGAAAGUCUGAAGAGUCUAAGGGCUUGUUUAAGAGGAAUUGCAACAUAAUCUCUUCUAAUGGACUUUUGCUUGGGAAGGUGGUCCGUACGUUGCAUAAUUCCCAUUCGUCCUGUCAGAGUGCUGAGGAAGAAAGAUCUCAGCAUGAGCUGCCAAAAAUUGAUUCCCUAAAUGGUGCUAUUAGUUUAGAUAAUGAAUAUAAAGAAAAUGGACUGAAACUUGACGACUCCACUUGCCAAGUCCAACCUGUUAAACCUUCUGAGAUUUUCUUUUCUAAAGCAAAUGGAGUGCUUGAAACGAAGCCUAAAGCUUUGUCACCCCAUCCUCAAGACCUUGAAGAAUCUCUCAUGUACAGCCAACUGAACAGCUUGUCAGAGGAAGAAAGUUCCUCUGGACCUCAGAAAUUUUCUGAGGAGGAUGGUCUGAUGGAAGCUAUGAUGAUAGAAGCACUCUUUGGCUAUGAAGAAGCCAGAAAGGGUCCUUCCAACUUUACCUUUCCGGCUGAGAAACCUUUUUCUCAGUCAGACUCUGAAACCAUUUUUACCAAAGAAGAAGUUGCUGAAAGUAUUGUAACAAAAGCUGAUAAUGCACAUCUCAAUAUCAAUGGUCAGCACAAGGUCAGGAAAAAAUCCUUGGACAUCGAAGAUGAAUUCCUUGGGCAGUGUGAGUCGGAAGACAUCAGAGACAAAGACAAACCAAGAAGAUCAAAAGAACCUGAACUCAUUUCAAAAGAAAAUCCUUUGUACAUCAAAGGGCCUCCUGAGAGUGAAGAGAAAUUAGGGCAAACAUCCUCUGUAAAGCCUGACAUUGAAUGUAGUUCUAAAAAACUUGGAUCUCUGGAUAUUGCAGAUAAAUGCCAAGAUGCAAAGAACAUUUCUAAUACCUAUGUGGAGGUACCACCUGUCAAUGACUUUUGUAUUAUAAAGCUGGAUAAAGUAUUAGAAAGUCAAUUUUCUAGAGCAGAUGAGAGACUGAGUAAUAAAAUACGUGAAGAAGAUAAAUAUAUGAGAAAAAGUAAGAUAAAAACGCAUGACUCUAAAAGAUCUGACAAAGAGCACUACCGACGGAAGAGAGAAAGCUCAGACUCUGAGGAGAAGGAGAGGCAAAGCAGAACCAAAACAGAUGAUCAUUCCCACAGGAGGAGGAGGUCUCGCAGCGUGGAAACAAACAAGCAAAAUCAUCACAAACGGGAAUAUUGCAGUGAGCGCAGGUACAGAUCUUCCCAUCAUGACAGGAACAGCCCAAGCCAUGGCAGAAGCUCAGGGAAAUAUUAUCGUCGUUAUAGAUCCCGAAGCAGAGAAAGGACAGACCAAGACAGGAAUAGGUAUUACUAUUCCAGAGGAGAGAGAGCUUGGAUUAGAGAAAGAUACUACCAAGAUGAACCACGGAGACGGGAAAAAUGCAGAUACUACAGUGAUUAUUACUCCUCCCAUAGAACAAGGGAUGGCAGAGAGAGGAAGUCCUCUCAUGGUGACAGAGACUAUGACAAAUUGAGUCAACCCUACUACAGGUCACACAAGGAUUAUCACUGCAGGAGCAGGUGGGCUCACAGCUCACUCUCCGGAGAGGAGGAUGCACAUCACUUCAGCAGGCACAGAGCAAACCUACACCACUGUUCAGUACCUCAGCAGCGUUCGGAUAAAUACUCCCGUGACAGGCAUGGACUUCCCCCUGUGCCAGCCCAUUCCAAUUUUGAGGACUCUUCCAGGGAAAACAGAAAAGACAAACUAACAAAUGGGAAAAGAAAAUACUCCCACCAAGAAGAAAGUGAAAGUGACAUAGAAAAGAAAUACCGAAAGAUAGACGACCAAAGAAUCAGAAAGGAUAAGAAGAUCAAGAAGAAAAAGAAGUCCAAAGAUAGACAUCAAGAGAAGGAUUACAGACUGAGUGAUUCGGAUUGCUCUGGGCUCCACCUGGACAGUGACAAUCACAAACAGAAGAAAAAGAAGAAAAAGAAGAGGCAUGGGAGGAAACUGAAAGCCUUAUUGGAAUAUUUAGAUCCUCGUUUCCAGAAGAGGACAUGGAAGACGAAGGAAGAAUCCCGUACUCCAGAUGAUCAUUCAUCUGAGGAAUACACAGAUCAGGACAGCAAACAGCCCUGCAAGGAAGAAAAGAAUUAUGCUGCAGGAGACAGCAAGAAAUACAGCUCCAGCUCAGCCGAGGAGUGUGGCAGAGAUGCAGAGCUGACUGAUGAAAGCCUUCAAUACUCAGACUAA